AUGGGAAACUGGUACAUACACUCGAAGACCGCUGAAGGUCUGCAGGUACACCACCAGGUCUGCAGACUUACCCCGAGUACGAUGGCCGAGGCGUCAAGAUUUGCAUAUUCGACACGGGCGUUGACCCAGGGCACCAGAAAGGCAGGAGGGCACCAGCACCACGGACGGAAGACAGAUAGGGGGCUGUUCAAGACCCUAAAAGACACGGCAAGCAUCAGCAUCAACAUCAACAUCAGCAUCAACAUCAACAUCAACAUCAACAUCAGCAUCAACAUCAACAUCAGCAUCAACAUCAACAUCAACAUCAACAUCAACAUCAACAUCAACAUCAACAUCAACAUCAGCAUCAACAUCAACAUCAACAUCAACAUCAACAUCAGCAUCAACAUCAACAUCAACAUCAACAUCAACAUCAACAUCAACAUCAACAUCAACAUCAACAUCAACAUCAACAUCAGCAUCAACAUCAACAUCCCCCCCUUUUCCCUCGUCAAAUCAAAAAGCAGCCCCAGACCCCCCAAGAGCCCGUGGCGCGGCAGGCUUGCAAAUUACAUCAGACGGGAAGCCCAAGGUAUGUACGGAAACAUCUUGGACGUGAUUGACUGUACGGGCAGCGGUGACGUGGACACCUCCCGCGUUGAGAAGGCGGACUCGGAGGGCAGGCUGACGGGCGCUAGCGGCAGGCAGCUCAGGGUCGAUCCGGGGUGGAGCAAUCCGUCGGGGGAAUGGCGUGUGGGCUGCAAGCACGUGUACGACCUUAUCAGUCGUACUCUGGUUACGCGGCUGAAGGAGGAGCGUAAGAAGAAGUGGGAGGAGGCGCAGCGGCGGGCGGUGGCGGAGGCGGUGGCGGCGCUGGCGAAGUUCGACAAAGACACCCCCCCCUCCAAGUUGGGGUCCGACUCCGUGCUUAAGAAGGAGAGAGGGGAGCUGGAGGGCCGGGUCAACAUACUCAAGACAGACAGACAGACUCUCUUGUCUCCGGUCUCCGGUCCCCUCCUGGACUGUGUGGUAUGGCACGAUGGCACCCACUGGCGCGCUGCCCUGGACACCGCCCAGCUGCAUCCGCAAGCCAGUGGGAAGGGCGCACUGGCGGACUUCAAACCGCUCACGAAUUACGCCAUAGAACGACACGCCCGAUGUAACGCUUUCCCUCGGGCCCCCAACACGGCACUCGGUGCUCAGAUCAUCAGCUGCAAGAUCGGCGACACGCGGCUGGGGUCCAUGGAGACCGGCACGGGGGUGGUGCGGGGCCUUAUUGCUGCUAGGCAACACGGGGCCCACCUCAUCAACAUGAGCUAUGGAGAGCCCACAACUACUCCCAACAUGGGCAGGUUCAUCAGUCUGGCCACGGAGUUGGUUCGCAACCACAACGUCAUCUUUGUUGCCUCAGCAGGCAAUGCGGGACCCGCGCUCAGCACUGUGGGGGCGCCCGGCGGUACUAGCUCGGCUCUGUUCGGCGUGGGGGCGUUCGUGUCGCCUCAGCUGGCGGCGGCGGGACACAGCGUGCUGGAGGCCCCCGCCAGGGGACUGCAGUACAACUGGAGCUCCAGGGGACCCACGCCGGACGGCGCCGUGGGGGUUGCGUUCUCGGCGCCAGGGGGGGCGAUUGCGCCCGUGCCCCAGUGGACUCUACAGAGGCGGCAGUUGAUGAACGGCACCUCCAUGUCCUCCCCCAACGCCUGUGGCGGUAUCGCGCUGCUGCUGUCGGGGCUGCUGGCUCGAGGAGCCGUCAUCGCACCCCACCGUGUACGACGAGCACUGGAAAAUACGGCACUGCCACUGGGUGGCGAUGCACCGGAUGCCGUACUCACGUACGGCAGGGGGCUUAUCCAGGUAAAUGCGCUGCGCAUGCGGCACGGGAUGAUCGAGGCCGCGUGGGAUUACCUGAUGCGCGACUACUACUCGACUGCUGCUGCUGCUGCUGCUGCGCCGCCGGCGGCCGCUUCCCCUUCCCCCGCCCCCUCCCCCCCCUCGGGUGCGGCGUGUACGGGCCCCUGGUACGAGGUGGAGGCUGCAUGUACGGAGGGUCGUGGACCGAAGGGUCGCGGCAUCUACCUGCGCGAGCCCCAUGAGACGGCCAAGGUGCAGAGCUACCGGAUCACCGUAACACCCCGGUUACGGGAGGACGCCGCCAACUCCUCCCGCCUGGACGUGGAGGACCGCCUUUCCCUGGAGUCGACUGUCGCCUGGGUCAGCUGCCCCCCCGCGCUGAUGGUGCAUUCGGCGGGGCGCUCCUUUGAGGUGCUCGUGGACCCCACCGCGCUUCCCCCGGGACUUCACUACGGGGAGGUUCUGGCCACGGAGGUGGGGGCUCCGGAGCGAGGUCCGCUUUUCAGAGUCCCAGUCACACUCGUCAAGCCAAUACAGGUGCCUCUGGCGGUGACGUCAGCCACCGGCGUUAACGGUAAUCCGGUUACUGGUAACGGCAACGGUAACGGUAAUGGUGUUGGCACCGUGUCGUUGGGACCGUUAAGCUUCACGCCUGGAGCUGAGCACAGGAGCUUCAUUGCCGUACCGCCCGGUGCCACGUGGGCCGAGCUGACGCUGCGUGCCGGGCCGUACGACACCCCCAAAUUGUUCCUCAUUCGCGGCACACAGUUGCGAGCCGAGAGCUCGUACAGGCAACAUGAACUGAGGACUCAGGUGACGUUGUCGGGCGGCAGCGAGUACCUGAGCAGUCUGCAGGUGUGUGGCGCUGCCACCCUGGAGCUCACCCUGGCGCAGUUCUGGAGCAGUGCGGGGAGCUCGCAGCUGGAGGAGGUCUUACUUUCCUUUUACGGUGUGGAUGUGCGGGCGGAUGGCAGCUCGGGGUCACACCCGGGUGCUGACCUGGCGCUGGAGGGCGCGGAGGUGGCCAAGAAAGUGCUGGUGAGCGUGCCCACCUGGUCGCGGGCGACUAGGGUUAAGCCCGAGGCCAAACUCACCUCCGUACACAUACCCCUGAGAGCUACAGAGAGCUCUCUGGAGCCCAUGACGGCGGCAAGGGACGCGCUGACGGACGGGCGGGUCGUGUACAGGCUGCUGCUGACGUACAAGACAACGGUUUCGGAGCCCGGCAAGUAUAAGCCCUGUCUGCCUCUCAUUAACAAGCAAAUUUACGACUCCCCUUUGGAGUCCCAACUCCUGCUCGUCCAUGAUGGAACCACCAAACAGCUGCUUUCCGUCCAGGACGCCGAUCCCGAGUCGGUGACCCUGAAGAAGGGCGAGGUGUUGAUACGACUUGCGUUGCGUCACGACAGCCAGGAGCUUCUGGACAAGAUGCGGGGUUUGCCGCUGGUCCUCAAGCGCAGCCUGGACGGCGGCGGCGUGGCGGUGCCUGUGUACGGCAGCCGCCGCGACGCCAUCCUCGCCGCUGGCGGCUCCUCCUCCGCCGGCCCUGCUGGCGAGGUGCUGUUGCGGGCGGGUGACGUGGCACCCUUGUGGCUCGGACCCGCGCCCGAGGACAAACUGCCCAAGGACGCAACACCAGGCCGUCUGCUGACCGGCCACCUGACGCUGGGACAGCUGAAGCGCGGCGGCGGCGGCGCCGCGCCACACAAGUUCACGGUGUCUUACCUGGUGCCGCCGGCGGCGGCAGCGCCCGGCGGCGGCGGCAACGGCAACGGCAACGGCGGCAAGGAUGGAGACGCAGUCCAGUCCAGGAGGACUAUCCUUGACGUUGGCACCAGCUUCAUCAUUCGUUCGUGUGAUAAGUCCCCGGCGGACAAGCUGAGUGAGGCGGUGCGCGAUGCCAAGAUCAAGUUCAUGAAGGACCUCAAGCUGUCAGAUCCUAACCAAGCCAAUUUGUACGACAGCUUGUUUUCGGAGCUUCGUGAAACCCAUCCGACCCACCUACCGCUGCUGUUGGAGCACCUGAGGAAGGUUGACGGCCGCGAGGUAGGGUUGCUGGGUGAGGGGGGUUCGCGAGAGUACCGGAAGGUGAAGAAGGACAUGGACGAGCGGAAGGCGGCGCUGCUGGAGGCCUUAUCCCGUCACGUGACGGCGCUGCUGGACGGCGAGGACCUCCUGCUCCGGGCGGCGGCGGCGGCGGCGGCGGCGGCGGCGGCGGAGCAACGGGAAAAGAAAGAGAAGGUGGCGGAAAAGGUGGCGGAGGCGGAUGGUCCGGAAGGAGAGCCAGCUGGUGGGGAUGAGGUGGCGGAGGACGGCGCCGCCGCAGCGGCUGCUGUUGAUUUGCCGCCCCCCCUGGACGACGCGGUUCUUGGGGAUUUGGUGCAGGAGCUUCGGAAGUGGGUGGACACGGCUUCGGAGCCUGGCUACCUGCUGCUGCAUGCGAGAGUGGAAGCCCGCGCUAAGAGCGCAGUGCUCCCCCGACGAUUGACAGGAUCGGGUGCUUCGAGCCAGGCCGGGUUGAUAGCGCCAUGUAGCGUCUUAAGGGCUGCCAGGGUCGCUGACCUGUCCCGCGUGGGUGCUGGGGUUGAUGGGUCGAGGCCGUUCGUUUUCCCCGGGAGCUUGCUUUGA